GAGAAGGAAGCGAAGCCCAGCUCCCCCGGGAAGCGUCCCGCAGCCCCUCCGGCUCGUCCUCAGCAUCCUCCCGCGGAAAGCGCAUCUGCUGCAGCCAUGUCUGUGGCAGGCUUGAAGAAGCAGUUCCACAAAGCCACUCAGAAAGUGAGUGAGAAGGUUGGUGGAGCAGAAGGAACCAAGCUAGAUGAGGAUUUCAAGGAAAUGGAAAGGAAAGUGGAUGUCACCAGCAGGGCUGUGAUGGAAAUAAUGGCCAAGACAACAGAAUACCUUCAACCUAACCCAGCUUCCAGAGCUAGACUCAACAUGCUCAACACCAUGUCCAAAAUCAGAGGCCAGGAGAAAGGACCAGGUUACCAACAGGCGGAGGCCCUGUUAGCAGAUGCGAUGCUGAAGUUUGGAAAAGAACUUGGAGACGAGUGCAACUUUGGCCCAGCUCUCGGUGACGUUGGGGAAGCAAUGAGGGAACUUUCUGAGGUGAAAGAUUCUUUGGACAUGGAUGUGAAACAGAAUUUUAUUGAUCCCCUUCAAAACCUUCAUGACAAAGAUCUGAGGGAAAUACAGCAUCACCUUAAAAAAUUGGAGGGCAGACGCCUGGAUUUCGAUUACAAGAAGAAAAGGCAAGGCAAGAUCCCAGAUGAAGAACUCCGUCAAGCUCUGGAGAAGUUUGAUGAGUCAAAGGAAGUUGCUGAGUUGAGCAUGUUUAAUCUGCUAGAAAUGGAUAUCGAGCAAGUGAGCCAGCUCUCUGCCCUUGUACAAGCCCAGCUGGAGUACCACAGGCAAGCCACACAGAUCCUCCAGCAAGUUAGUUCCAAGUUGGAAGAGAGGAUAAAAGAUGCCUCAGUUCAGCCCAGAAGAGAGUAUCAGCCAAAGCCCCGCAUGAGUUUGGACUUAACUGAAAAUAAUCAGCACAAUGGAGGGCUCUCUAAUGCCAGCACGCCUAAGCCCUCAGGUGUUCCCAUGGACCAGCCGUGCUGUCGAGCUCUGUACGACUUCGAUCCAGAAAACGAAGGGGAGCUGGGCUUUAAAGAGGGCGAUAUCAUUACCCUCACUAACCAGAUUGACGAAAACUGGUAUGAAGGGAUGCUUCAUGGCCAGUCGGGCUUUUUCCCUAUUAAUUACGUGGAUAUUCUUGUUGCUUUGCCACAUUAGGAGGGCCGAGUCACCGUGUCUUAAUAUCCCCCCCUCCCUCGAGAAAUAAAUAAAACAAGACACCACUGCUUUUAAAAACAAAGCAAUUAAUAAAUAAUAUGGCUGCUUACUCCACAUCAUAAAUACAAGCUGCAGUGGUGUUCUUUUCUUAAAAAACAAAAACAAAAAACCAGUCAUCGGGCCCCCACAGACAAUCCUUGGUUUUCGUGUUGUCAUGCUACAUUGUGGUGGUGCGUGGUAUCUUCUCCAGGCUGUGUGCCCAGGCACAAGGGAUUUUCACCUUCACACACGCAAGCUUCCCACGGAGCAAUGUUUGCAGAAUGAUGGGGGAAGAAAGUGGCAGUAGGUGAUUUGAGUCGGUCAUAGUGUUGGGAACGGGGAACGCAGUUGAGUUAGCAGGGAAGAAAAGCCUGUCGCCAGUCUACUGCCAUUUUAGUCCUCCCAUUGAAAACGGGGAGCUGGGUAGCGCCCCUGAUUGUUCCAUCUUUCCCUUCCUGAACGUUGCGGUUUAUGCAGUCCUAAUAUUGCUGACCAGCUUCUCAUGUUCUCGUUCUCUUAAAAAGAAAAAAAGGGGGGGAGGGAAAGACGGAGAGUCCUGUCCUUGGAGAAACAGCAUAGCGUAUAUUUCAGUUUCUCCGCAGAUGAAUCGCCACUAUUCUAUACCUGCUGUUGGCGUAGAACCAGCUUUUAUAUAAGCAAUAGUUAAAUAGAGGCCUGUGCAGAAUCCAGGUUACCUUGUGAAAACAUCCAAAGGCCAGGCCAGGAAAGCUAAGUGCCACAAGCCAAUGUGGCUUUACUCAGAAACGUUGGACACAACAACAACAACAACAACAACAACAACAACAACAACCUAAUGCCAGCAGCAAAUAGAUGAUGCUAGAAGAAAAAACCUACAGAAAGAAAAUAAACACAACUGUUUUCACUUUGUGUAAAGUCUAGGCACAAAACAAAACAAAACCAACCCCAGUAUUAUUCUACAUCUUCACUAAAAAAUAAUAACGAAGAGCAACUCACGUUAUGUAAUUUUUAUUUUCAUCUACCUUGUGUUCUUCGAACAUCAUUUGUGUAUAUUCUGCCCUCAGUGAGGACUAAAACAAAAAACAGAAGAAUCUUUGUGCUGAGCAAUUAAAGCGACGUGUGGCUUAUAUGCAAAAACAUUCAAGUUGAUUUUUCCU